CUCCAUCACUAUCUAUCUUUCUUCUUGUUUCAACCAACUCUCACCUUCAUUCUUAUUAUGUUUAACAGGCCAUGAUGGCUUCUGGUAGCAUACCACCAUCAUCAUCUAAGUUAAAAUCAGUAGAAACUCCAGGGCAUGGAGUCAAAUCAUACGAUUUCUUGGCGGAUUCUAAAUGGUGGUUGUAUCCGCAACCUAUAGAUAGUCCAACUUCGAUGUGGGAAUCAUCUUGGGAAGCCGUAAAAUCAGAAGAAUAUGCAAAAAUUAAGAAAAUUGAGGCAGGGACUGAUGACACUUCACAUAGAAAACUUCAAGAUGAUUAUUUUCUUGCAACAGAAAAUCCUGAUAAGCUUCUCUCUGAAAUGGAUCCCCAGUUGAUAGGCAUCAACAAAACCGAACCAUGGUGGCGGACAAGUGACGUGAAUGACUUGGCUUCCUUUGUGUCUAGCAAGUCACUUGAAAAAUGUGACAAAUUUGACCCUCCACAGCCUCAUACAAAUAAUUCAGGUCAACGGUUUGUUCCUGACAAAGGUCUUGCUUCCCUAGAAUCGGUUUCUGAUUGCACAGACUCGGUGCCAAGAUCUACUGCCUCAGUAAGCAUCGAUGAAGCACCCUCGCUAUGUGGUCUGCAUAAUCCGUUAAGCACCAUAACACCCGAUGACGCUGACAAACUGCUAGAACUCAGCAAAGCUGAGCUAUUAGAAGCACUCUGCCAUUCUCAAACGCGAGCAAGGGAGGCUGAAAUAGCAGCAAAACAAGCAUACAAUGAAAAAGAACACGUGAUCACCCACUUUCUCAAACAAGCAUCACACCUUUUUGCUUACAAGCAAUGGCUGCAUAUAUUGCAAUUAGAAACCGCUUGUUUCCACCUUAAUAACAGCAAGCGUCAGCUCGUUUAUACACGCUUUUCAGACUUUGUUCCCUGGGUCCCCACCAAAGAUGUAAAAAGGGUUCGACGUAAGGCUGCCAAUUCCGAACCUGAAUCACUAAGAGACAAAAUAAGCAGAUCUCUUGGGAACUUUAUUUUGGGUUUGACUCUUGUGGGUGCGGGUUUGUUACUUGGUUGGACCUUGGGUUGGUUAUCUAGGUAAAUUUCAUAUCUUUGUUUGUAAAUUAUUUGGUCUUCCAAUUUGUUCAGGUUUCAUCUGGUUAGAUGUGUUAAAAGUUAUCAAGGCUGUUGAAGUUGCAACUGUGUAUUUGUAUUUGAUAAGUAAUUUUGUUACACUUA